AUGCCGAACAACCGCAACUACGACUUUCUGAUCAAGUUGCUGCUGAUAGGCGACUCCGGUGUCGGCAAGUCGUGCUGCCUCUUGCGUUUCAGCGAAGACUCCUUCACGCCGUCCUUCAUCACCACCAUCGGCAUCGACUUCAAGAUUCGCACCAUUGAGCUCGAUGGCAAGCGUGUCAAGCUGCAGAUCUGGGACACGGCCGGCCAGGAGCGCUUCCGCACAAUCACCACUGCCUACUACCGUGGCGCCAUGGGCAUUCUGCUAGUUUAUGACGUUACCGACGAGCGAUCCUUCAACAACAUUCGCACGUGGUUCCAGAAUGUCGAGCAGCACGCUACCGAGGGUGUCAACAAGAUCUUGAUCGGCAACAAGUGCGACUGGGAGGACAAGCGCGUCGUCUCCCAAGAGCAGGGCCAGGCCCUCGCCGACGAGCUCGGGAUCCCCUUCCUCGAGGUCUCCGCCAAGAGCAACAUCAACAUCGACAAGGCCUUCUACAGCCUCGCAGCCGAUAUCAAGAAGCGCCUCAUCGACAACUCCAAGAGCGACCAGCCCGCCGGUGCUGGAGUCAAUGUUGGUGACAAGGGCGAGGUCGCCGGCAAAUGCUGCUAA